UGCUAGCGCAGCCGCCAUAUUGUGUGACAGUAUUUUGAUUCGUAUCUGUUGGAAGUUAGGAAGGAAAAGAGAAAAUAGGGGGGAGUAGAGGGGGGAUAAAGAAGAAGAGCUGUCAAAAGAAUUCCGGAGUCUCUGAAACAGCGGGGGGCUGCGGCAUAGUAUCCCCCCACUCCACCGUCAAAACAGAGCAGGCCAGGGUGCUAUUCAUCCCCCUUUCCAAAGUUCCUCCUCUCCGCCUUUCUGUCAUCACCCCGGCCCUGUGGAGAUUCGGUGGCGGUGUCUCGGGUGUUGAAGGUGGCCCGGGGAGCGGCGGCGGAGACGAAGAUGCUGAAGCUGUGGGCGGGGCGCUGCCACCACUGAGGCCUCGGUUUGCUGAACAGAGCCAUCCACCCUGACCCGGCAGUACACGAAUGGCACAGGGAAGACACCAGAUUGACAUCCAGGUUUUGCACGACCUGCGCCAGAAGUUUCCGGAAGUGCCAGAGGGUGUUGUGUCCCGGUGUGUUCUACAGAACAACAACAACUUGGAUGCCUGCUGCGAGUAUCUGUCCCAGCUGAGCACGGGGUACCUGUACGGCGAAGGAAACCUCAGCUUCUCGGACGACCCGGGCCUGGCCAGACUCCGCAAUCACAUGACCCAGCUGACCCUGGGCCUGCAGUCUCAGAAUGUGCAUGGGCCGGGCCCGCGUGACGGCCUGAGGAUGAACGGCAGCAGGACUCUGUCCCACAGCCUGAGCGACGGGCCCCUGCAGACGGGGCCCCCCAACAGCCAGGCCUUCCAGCAGGAGCCCCAGUCGGCCCCCGCUCAGGUGCCCCCCGGCCUGGGCGUCUUCGGCCCCUCGGACCCCUCCGGGGCCGCACGCAAGCCGCAGCCGCCCCAGCACCUGGGACUCUACCAGCCGGGCGUCAAGACGCCCCGCUUCAACCCCAUCACCGUCACCCUAGCGCCCAACAUCCAGACGGGCCGCAACACGCCCACCUCUUUGCACAUACACGGCGGGCCCCAGGCCGGCCUGAACAGUCCGCAGGGUAACUCCAUCUACAUCCGGCCCUACGUCACCCAGGCUGGCUCCACCCGCCAGUCCCAGCAGCAGCAGCUGCAGCAGCAGGCGGGCUGGUCCCAGUACAGCCCCACAUCCCAGCCCCAGCAGGUGUACCAGAUCUCCCACCCCGCCGCCCCGCCCGGCUCCUGGGCUCUCCCGUCCCAGUACGGCCCCUCGCAUACCUCGCCUCACCAGUCGCAGGGCCACCAGACCUCGCACGUCUACAUGCCCAUCAGCUCGCCCACCAACCCGCAGCCGCCCUCCAUCCUGCAGGCCCUGUCCGGAGGCCCUUCCCCGGCCGCCGGCGCGUCCUCCGCCUCCGGCCAGUACAACAUCCAGAACAUCUCCACCGGGCCGCGCAAGAACCAGAUCGAGAUCAAACUUGAAUCGCCCCAGCGGAGCAACUCGGUUGCCGGGCUCCUGCGCUCGGGCGGCGGGGCCCGUUCCUCUUCGUCCGCUGCUUCCUCCUGCCCCCCUUCCUCCUCCUCCUCCUCCUCCGUCAGCUCGGCCCCCAGCAACCCCCUGUCGAUCGGCGGCCCCGGCGUUUACAUUUCCACCAGCCCGCCCACCGCUGCUACCGCGUCUGACGAGGCCGCCGUGGCCCCCUGCGGCUCGCGCUCGCAGCCCAAGUUCUACAUCUCGGCCAACGCCGCGGGGGACGAGGGCGGCGGACGGAACCCGCCCACCGUCUACAUCUCGGCCAACCCGCCCCUGCAGGGCCCCGCCGGGCCCCGGAACAUGUCGGGCCAGGUGAGCAUGGGCCCCGCCUACAUCCACCACCACCCGCCCAAGUCCCGGUCCUCCGUGGGCGGGCCCGGCUCGGUCACCUCCCCCCGCGUGGUGGUCACCCAGCCCAACACCAAGUACACUUUCAAAAUCACCGUGUCCCCCAACAAGCCCCCCGCCGUGUCCCCCGGAGUGGUGUCCCCCACCUUCGAGCCCACCAACCUCCUCAGCCUGCCCUCGGACCACUUCGCCGAGCCCGACCCGCGUCACCUGUCGGACCCGCUGUCGGCGCACCGGGAGAGGCCCAGCGAGCCGCGCCGGCCCAGCAUGGGCUCCGACGACGCCGCCUACACGCAAGCCCUGUUGAUACACCAGAAGGCCCGCAUGGAGAGGCUCUGGCGUGAGCUGGAGCUGAAGAAGAAGAAACUGGAGAAGCUAAAAGAAGAGGUCAACGAGAUGGAGAACGACCUCACCCGGCGACGGCUACAGAGAUCCAACUCUGUCUCCACCAUCCCCUCUAUUGAGGAAAUGCAGCAGUUGAGAUGUAAGAACCGGAUUCUGCAGAUCGACAUCGAUUGCCUAACCAAAGAAAUCGAUCUCCUUCAGACAAGAGGACCACACUUUAACCCCAGUGCAAUUCAUAAUUUCUAUGACAACAUUGGAUUCCUCGGUCCUGUCCCACCGAAACCUAAAGGUACUAUAAACGUCGAGUCCAGUUCUAAGAACCCAAAGACUGUAGGGGAGGCAGCAGAGGAGGACGAGGGGACGCAGUGGAGCUGCACAGCCUGCACCUUCCUCAACCACCCCGCCCUCAACCGCUGUGAACAGUGCGAGUUCCCACGCCACUUCUGAGCCAAACGGCACCCAAAGACCCCUUCUUUUCUACCGCUAUCCAAUCCGCAUCCGUCGGGAAAAGGGAUUUUCUUUUCCAGCCAUAAGAAGAUAUGGACAGGGUUUUUAAUUUUGUCGUCUUUGUUGUUUUUUUUUUUUUUUGUUGUUGUUUUUUUUUUUUUUUUUUUCUUCCAAGAUUUUAUUGUAUACUUUUUUGGGGGUAAAUUGCUGUCCAUUGAAGGCCUGACUGGAUAGUGUUUACAGGUUGUAUUACUUAAGAAGCCAGCAGAGCUGUUCAUACCUCACCUUGGAGACGAGCACAUGCGUGGGGGAUCCCCUUCCUGCUUCCUGGGUGACUUUGUUUUGAGGGGCCUCGCAAUUUUCCCAGUGCAGUAUUAAUGAGUGUUAACCUUUCGGUGUGGUGGCGAACACACACACCCACACACAAUCGGACAGACAGACACACACACACACACACACACACACACACACACCUCCGAGGUGUUGCUGUGCCUCUCCGUCUGUUCUCCAACCGAGCCAGGGGUGGAGACGGACGAGAAGGCCAAACAGCUGUCGCGAACGCAUCUAAACAGAAGAUCAAGACUACUCUAAGACUAGUUGGUUGAUGUUUCCAGAGGAUGACCGGGGUAAUUAAGCAGUGUUACUGCCACCGAAAACGUGCCUUCUGUCGUCUCCCUUUCUCCUCUCCCCCUCCAAUCCAAAGUAAAAAUAAAAAGUAAAAAAAAGAGAAUUAAACUGCAUGCAUGUUAUGUACAGGACACAGUGGAAAAAAAUACCCUCGAGCUUCUUACUGUACAUAGUUCUAGAAUGUGCUUUAAGUGCCUACUUCCUCACACUAUGAAUCACUUGUAUUUCCUGUGACUAUAGCUUAGUAGACUUGAUAAACCUUUUUUUUUUCCUUGUAAGCACGGUGUCCCUUUUAAGCUUUUUACUCGGUGUCUGUGACAAGUGUGAAGCCUUACGUAAAGGAAGAGCAAUAAUAUGAAUCUAUGCACACACGAACCUUCUUCCUGCUCCGUCUGUUCAUGGCUUCUGUAAAUGCUGUUUCUCCCUCGUAUGAUCUGCAGAUGCGGCCACGUCAAAGAGAAACGCGAGUUUUCUCUGAAACGCCAGAGAUCUCUGGGACUGGCAAAAGCCCAUAUAAGAACGAAUGACAAACUGCCAUCUUAUCUGACAACUGGAAUGUAGGUGUAACGUUUGGGGAUUUUUAAACUUCCAUGGCGAGAAACGUGCGUUUUUUACGAUGCGAUAACUUGCAUUAAGAUGCAAGAGGUGUGGUCGCAAGACCGACUUGGGGUUGCUAUUCAGGAUUCAUGAAAUCGUAAUUUGCCAAAGGAAAUCAACAAUACAAUUACUCUUUUUGAUCACGAGAUAUUUCUGUAAGAGCCUUGUUUCUUUGUUGAUGUCAAAAAAUAUUGUGUUUUUCAGUGAGAAUAGAAGACAGAGGGCAAUAACAUGUUUUUUACCCACUCAGUCCCGAAUUUGUCCCGAAUUUUUCUUUAAAGGGUUUGAUGAGGACGGUUUCAACGUUUACCUUUUUUUUUUUUCUUUCUUUUUUUUUUUACCUGUAUUUUGGAAUAGUAUUUUUCAGAGAUUUGUGAAGUUUGUCACGCGUUUUGAUAUGCCGCAGCACAUUUUUGUUUUCAAUAGUAUUAUCAUUUCUAUAAAUCUAUGCAGUUGCCAGUCGAAAUGUGUUUUUUGAAAAAAGGAAAUCAAUUGCAUAAGAUCAUGAAUAUUAAUUUGGGGGGGAAAAAAAGUUCUUAAUCUCAGUUGUCUCUGAAGCACUUACGACCUCCUCGUUCAUUUUUCACGUUAAAAAAGAAACCCAGCUCUCAGCUUCCUCUGCAGCUCUGUGUGAAGAUCGAGUCGGUUCAUACCUUUUAUUAAUUAAAAACUAAUUUGGAUAUCUAAAGUUGUUUUUUUGAUUUUAGUUGGGGGAAACUGUCUUUGUAACAGAUAAGUUAUUUGUAAAAAUAAAAAAAUCUAUUCUGAAA